AUGGAUUCCAUGGUGCAAUGGGCCCGUAUUCUCGGCGCUGUCAUCAUAACCUGGAACACUGCCGAUGUGAUCGCAGCUCUCGCGAUAUGCCGGCCGCUGGCAAAGAACUGGAACUUCAACUUGCCCGGAACUUGCGGUAGUCAACCAAACUUCUACUUUGCAAUGGGUGUCAUCAAUCUCAUCACAGACGCCGUGAUGAUCCUAUUACCAAUGCCAUACUUGUACAAGCUGCGACUGGCAUGGCGCAGGAAGUUGGUCGCAAUGGCUCUCCUCAGCAUUGGAGUAGGAACCUGGGCCAUCACCAUAUACCGCCAAACGCUUCUCCCCGGUCUCGACUUUAUAGACAUGACAUACACCGGUGUACUCGCCACUAUCCUCUCCGGCCUCGAGCCCGCCGUCGCAAUCGUCCUGGCAUGCAUUCCCCUCAUGCGACCUUUGUUCAGCAACUCAAAUAACGCCACGCGAUCCAGUUUCGACUACGACAGUAGCAAGAAGACUAGGCUCUUCUCCAAGAAAGGGAGCAGGAGACAAAACGAUCCGACGGCGACGUUCUCGGAGUUGGUGGAUGACAACGAUGCUUCUUCGCAGAUUGAACUGCAGCCGGUCAAGACAUGUCAGGUUGUGCGCGUUUCGUCGGUUUAUAAACAUGAUGGGGAGCAGAGGGUGGCUGAUUCGAAGCAUGCUAUUACGGUUGAGAGGAGGUGGGAGGUAAGAAGAGAUUAA